GAACUUACACGGCUUAGCCGCGCCGGCCCGGACAGCUCCCGUCUGUCGGCAAACGUGGAAAUGAUUCAUCGAGCGAACAUUGCUGCCAGUAUAUUUAACGAGUACUUCUAGACAUGGAAGAGCCGGAAGCUCAAGCAGCGGCGCUGCAGUUGUUCGGCGGAAAGCUCUUCGUGGUGCAUUUGGCCGUGCCGAGUGUCAGCGCUGGAUUCACCGCGAGGCUGCGAAAGCUUGUACUCAAGAGCAUAUUCGCGAACGGGGGUCACAUCAUUGGCACGGAUGACGCCUACGUGGAGGGGGCGGACUAUGUGAUCGCCACACACGAGCAGCAGGCACUGGUGCAGCAGACCCGCGAGGCUCAGGCAGCGGGCGCGGCCGCCUGUGUGUUCGGGCCGCAGUGGGUGCUGGCAUGUGUGGAUGAGGGGCAGCUGGUGGAGGCCAAUGAUGCUUUCGGGCUGCUGGCGGCGCCGCCGGAAGUUGGCAUCCCAGGAUUCCGGGAGAACUGCGGCUGCAUCCACGUGUCAGGCAUACCCUCCGACAUCAAGAACCUGAAGCUGCUGCUGCAGUACUGGGUGGAGGGCAUGGGCGGUCGCGUGGAGACGGAGGCGGUGGGGGCGCACGUGUCGCACGUGGUGACGUGGCAGGAGGGCGCCCUGCUGCCCAGGCACCUGGCCAUGCUCAGCAGGUUCCCGCACAUCCGGUUUGUCAACUACCGCUGGGUCAUGGCGUGUCACGACUCAAAGGCGCUCAUCAGCGAAGAGCCCUUCCUCCUGCAACUGCCGGACGCCGGGGCGGGCACACAGUCGGGCACCCACGCGGGCACACAGGCGGGCGCCCGCGAGGACACGCCCGGCGAGCAACAGCAGGCGCCACAGGGGCAGUCGCCGCAGAAACAGUCGCCGCAGGAGCGGGAACCCAAAGCUCCCGACGGAGCCCAGCACCAGACUGGGGCGCCGCAACUGCAGCAGGAGCCGCAGCCGCAGGACCUUCCGGGUCCACAGCACCAAGAGCCACAGGCGCAGGACCUUCCAAGUCCACAGCCUCGGCAGCCGCAGCAGCAUGGGCUGGAUGUGCAGCACGAUGCGGCGGGGUCGCAGCAUCAGUCUCAGGAGCAGCCCGCGGAGGAGCCGCCGCCGCCACCGCCGCAGCUGCUGCAGGACGCAAAUACCUAUGAGCAGCAGGGGGGCGAGCAGGGCCAGGUGGAUGGAAGUCGGUUGGUUGAGAGUCUGGCAGGUCCGCCCGCUUUUGCGCCUGCGGUUGGGGUGAAGCAGGAGGCAGAGUGUGCGGCGCAGCAGAUGGGCCCGGCGCCAGAGCUGCGGGCACCGCAGCAGCUACAGCCGCAGCUGAUUGGGCAGCAGGAGCUGCUGACUGGCGCAGCUGCUGGGCAGCAGCUCCCCGUGCAGCCAAUGGGAGGUUGCAGGGAAGCUGGUGAGCGGGCUGCAGGUGGGGCAUACCAGCUGCCUGUGGUACAAGAAGAGCAACUGGCUGCAGGCGCCCAGAAGGCCGGUGUGCCGCCCCACGAGGCGCCCGCGCCGGACAUGGACAUGGACACGGCACUGCCACUCGUUUCCCAGCACCAGGAGCACCAGCAAGCGCCGGAGCUUCAUCCGCACCAGGGACAACAUGACCGGCAGCAGUCCGGGACCGCUGCAGGCGGUGCCAAGGCGACGGAGGCAGAGGCGGAGGCCGCCGCCUGCGCCAUGUGGGUCAAGCCCGAAGCAGCUGAUGCAGGGCCCGUGGGCGUCGUGGGUGCCGAGGGCAACAUUGGCCACGACGGCUCACGCCGUGCCCCGCCGCAGCCGCUUCUGCAGCCGUGUGCGCACCUGGCGGAGCCGCAGGAGCAGCCGCUGCCAGAGGCGGAGCCGGGGGCGCCGCGUGAAGAGCAGGCGCAGGCGGGGCUGGACGAUGCGCCUGGACUUGAGCAGCCGUCUAAUCAUGAGGAGACGUGGCCGCAGGCGCAACACAGCCAGGAGCAGGAGGGCCAGGGACAGCAGGAACAACAGGAUCCGCAAGACCAGCAACGACAGGAGCAGCAACGCGACCAGCAGCAGGAGGAGGUGCCACCGCCCGGCUUCACGCCUCCGCAGCAUCACAGGCAGCAGCAGCCGAAGCAGGCAGCGCAGCCGGCCCUUGCUGCCAUCAAGCCGGAGCCGCGCGGCGAGAGCCUGGGCUGUGUGGGUGUGCCACCCGGGGUCGGUGUGUUGCAGUCACCGCAUGCUGUGGAGGCGGAGGCGGCAGCACGGACUUGGGGUGCAAGUGCGGAUCCCGGCCGCGUGCCGCUGGGGCCGCUGCAGCCGGGGCAGCAGCCCGAGCCGCGCCGGCGACGUCAACCGAAGGCUUGGCGGCCGCACGGGGAGGAGGCCCAGCGAGAGGCAGAACUGGGGGCGCCGCAGCUGCCGGCACCAGAGCCGCAGGCGGCGCUGGAAGGAGAGGAGGCGCAGCAGGCGUGCGGCCAGGAGGUGGAGCUGCAGCUGGCAGGGGCGCAGGAGGAUGAAGUGCAGCCGCUGCACCAGCCGGUUGAGCAGCGGCUGCCGGACGCAGGCGGUGAGGCAAACCUGGUGCAGGCGCCUGUCAUGGUCAACGAGGCCAGUUGUGAUGCUGCGGGGCACGCGCCGGCAGGUCCGGAUGAUGCGCAUCAGGCUGUCAUGGCGGCCGUGCGCGUCAAGCCAGAGCCGGAGGACUUGGUGGUUGGCGCGGGGGCUGGCGCAGGUGCAGGGGCUGCAGGCGUUGGGCCAAUGUCGCUCGGCUUUGUUGGCGCAGAGGGCGUGGCAGACGUGGAGGCAGGGCAGGGGCGCACGGAGGCGGAUGCGGUCGGGGCCGGCGCGCUGCCGCCGGCCUCGGCUCCUGUCCCUUACAGCGUAGGCUUUCACGGGACGGCUAGCAGCGAGGAGCCAUCACAGCAGGCUGUACUGCGCGCACACCGCCGUGUGGCCGCCAUGCUGCCUGCCCUCAUUGGCAGCGCGACCGAGUCCGCGGAUGAGACCACGCCCGGUGGCGGCGCGGCCGCCGGUCCUCUGAUGCUCCGCUGCAUGGCCGGCUUUGAAGCUGGCGUGGGUGUCGGCUUCGGCGGCGGCGCUGGCGCGGAGCAGCAGUGCGCGGACGGCGGGGCGGUGGAGGGCGCACGCGGUGGAUGCGAUGGCGUGGAUGCCGAGGCAGUUGCGGGACCGGAGGGGGAAAUGAACGCAGGGGCUCUUCCGUUGCCGACAACGGCGGCAGCAGGGAUGCUUAUGGGCGCGCCGCCAGCAGCAGCGCAGAGGACAGCCGCUGUAGGGGAAGAUGCGACGGUGGGGCCUGUUGAGGAGGCGGAGGGUGCAGGUGCCGUGCAACUAAGGCUGGGAAAGGAAGGCGCCAGGGCUGCGCCGCCACCCGCGGCGGCGGCGCUGGGCGCUGGUGCCAAGCGCAGCCGCUUCCAUAUCGUCAUGCCCAUCGCUCCCGCGCCGCUGAAGCUCGGGGCGCGGGGCCGCAGCGCGGGCGCGGCUGCUGGCGGAGGCGCCGAUGCCUCGGAGCCUGGCCAUGUGUAUGCGGCACCUGCAUCAAGUCCUGCGCAUGCCCUUGGCGGCGCUACAUUGCCAGAAGCUGAAGUACAGGACGAGCAGAAGCUGCAGCCGCCGGCAGCGAACGGGCACGCGGCGGGAGCAGGUGGGAAGAAGCAGGCGGCGAAGCCAAGGCAGCGAAAGGCCGUGAAGGACGCCGGGGCUAACGUGGCGGUGGAGGCUGAGGUGGAGAAGCAGGAGCAGCGGCAGCAUCAGUGUCACCGGUCCGCAGGCUCCGAUGCAGCACCGGAGCCCCCUCAGGUGCCGGCGGAUGCUGAGGCGGGGGCGGCCGCCACAGCCGCACCUGCGGAUGUGCCGAAGGCACCGAAGCGGCGGAAGCGCCAGGGCGCUGACGGCGACAAAGGCAGCAAGGCGGCUAUAGCUGAGGCACAAUGUGCCGAGCCCUGCGCUACUGCUGGCGCUCCCGCGCCACCUGAGCCGGUGCCUGAGUUGCGCGCAACAGCGGCAGCGGCACCAGCCGCAGCGGAGGCAGCUGAUUGCCAAGACGCGCAGCCCCUGCGGGCUCAGCCAGCGGCGCCGGCGAAGGGCGCAAAGCGCAAGGCCAAAGCUGCAGCUGCGGCCGCCGCGGUGUCUGUUUUUGAGGACGACAUGGGGGUAGCGGUCCCGCCACCGUCAGCCGGUGAGUACGUUCGUUCUGGCGAAACCGCGCCAGAGGCUGGUCCAACAGGUGACGGCGUGGCUGCCGGUGUGGCCGACGGCCGAGCAGGUGGCGGCGUGCAUGGUGGGAUGACCGGAGCGGCGGCAGGGCUCCAAAACAAGCCGCAGCCGCCGCAGGCACGCGCAGCCAAAGGCACAAAGCGCAAAGCCAGAGCCGUGCCCUCGGCCGCAGCGCCAGCAUCAGCUGUGGCAGCAGCGCAACAGGAGACAGGGGACGCAUCACCGGCGCCGGUGCCGGCUCCUACGCCGGCAACUGUGGCAAAGCCGGCGGCGGACCCUGCGCCAGCAGGCCUCAGGGCUGGUGGGGAAGGCGCUGCCGCGGUGGCUGACAGCGGAGGAGGCGCAGGCGUGGACGGCCAUGGGGCCAGAGACGGCACAAUGGGUGCGCCGGAGGAGGCGAAGGCGCAGCAGCCCAAGGCCAAGCGCCGGCGCGCUGCAGCCCCGAAACUGGAGGAGGGCGUUGCCGCUGCGCGAGAGUUGGAGGCAUGGCCAGAGGCGCGGCCAAAAGCGGUGCCCGACUUGGAAACAGAAGCGGAACCGGAGGCGAAACCGGAGGCUGCUGCGGCAGACGUGGGGGUUGAAGCAAUGGAGGUGGAGGUGGCAGUCGCUGCAGGCGCGGGCGGGAAGGCUAGGGCCAGGUCCAAGGCCGGGGCCAGCAAGAAAGCCAAGGCAGAUGCGGCAGCGGCCGCAGCGGCGGCGGUGACACAGACUGCGGCCGCCGACGCAGACGGCUGCCGGGCUGGCACCGCCGCACCGCCGCCAGGACCUACUCAGUCAGCCAAUGGCAGUGACGGCAAGGGCGCCGCUGCUGCCAUCAGCUCCAAGCGCGCCGGUGGCAAGCGCAGCGCAGGGGAGGCCGGGAUUUCCCCCACCGUCAGCCCGGCAGCGAAGGCAGAUGCUGGCACCUCCGAGGCUGGGGUGGGGGCUGGGGCCGGGAGCCUUUGCGAGCUGACAUUUGCUCUGAGCGGCUUCAGCCGCAGUGAGGACCGAACCAAGUACGGUAACCUGCUCACGAAGCUGGGUCUCACCUAUGUCGGAGCCAACGGCUGGGACCCGCGCAUCACCGCGCUGCUGGCGCCCAGCCUCAAGCGCUCCGACAAGACCGUGUGCGCCAUGGCCGCCGGCGCCUGGCUGCUCACCACAGACUACCUGACUGCACUGCAACGCAACCAGCAGGCGGGCGCAGGCGGUGGUGGCGCAGGCGGCGCAGGUGGAGGAGGCGGAGGCGGGGCAGGAGGAAUGGACCUGCAGAGCUAUGAGCACAGCAAGUGUGAGGACGGGCCAGGCAUCAUCUCCGAAGGCGCGCCUGCGCACUGGCGCAUGCGCUGCGUGGCUCGCGGCUGCGGCGCGGGCGCCCGCGCCUUCGCCGGGAUGUCCUUGCUUGUGCCGGAGGGCCUGGCCAAACCGUUAGACACACUCACCUUGGACUGGAUGCUGGGGGCGGGCGGCGGCCGCUGCGUCACCUACAAGGCCAGCACGGCCGCGGCGGCGGCCGGCGCUGGCGAGGCAGCGGCGCGCGCCGGCUGCCUUGCGGCAGUGGUGCCGCCCGGCUGCAAGCACGAGGCCAAGCUGGUGGCGUCUCUGCAGGCCGCGGGUGUUCCCGUGGUGGACUGCAAGUACGUGGUGGAGUGGGUGGCGCACCCGCACAAGCCCCUAGCUGCACACUUCAGACACGGCACCAGCCCGGGCCCGGCCCUGGCGCAGAUGGAGCGGCAGCGCGGCCAGGUGCAGCCGCCAGGUGGUGGCAGCGGUGCGGCGUGAGGCUGUGGGUGCGGGUGGGUGCAGCUGCUGAAGGUGGCUGGGGGCGCCGCGGCGCCGCGGCGCUGCGAUGACGGCAGCUGUGGGAGAAGGCCUGGCAGGGCGGGGGCUGGAUGGAGCGAGGCAUCUCGAGGCAUGCGGAAGAAACAAGGGGGAAAGAGAGUGGGUUUGGACGGUCGUCGGGGGCUGAGCAGGGAAUGAUCGGGAGGAGGGAUGGUCGUCGGCUGUUGUGCUGGCCAGAGCAUUAGCAAGGGCUUUGGCGCUGGCUGCUUUUACACCAAGAAUGCUCAACCGAUGUCAUGGUUGGCUAGAUUGCAUAGGUUACAAGAGGGACCCGCUCACGCCGUUGGCUAGCUGGCGGCCUCGAAGAGUGGGUAGC